GACAAAAACAAAAAACUUACACACACUGCAGAUCUCCCGUCAACCCCUCACUCAUGAAUAGAUCGAUCAUCACAGGUGAGAUUGAUUAUCCAUCCACCCAUCCAUCCAUAUCCAUCCAUAUCCAUCCAUCCACACACACACACCUAGCGCUUAACACAUACCGGUAAUCCCAUUGAUUACCUACAUCUACCCAGGAAAUUAAUGCAUCCAUCCAUCCAUCCAUCCAUCCAUCUUUCUGUCCCUCGUCGCAUCUCAUGCUUCCAGGCAGCAGAAUAAGAACCUCUCAUCGUCCUUCAUUUUAUCAAUCCGAAUGCAAUUCUCUCCACCACGCGAAUAUCCAUUUGUUUCGCUUUGCUCCGUGGGCAAGGUAGGUAGGAGGGUUCAUUUCACUUCGGCAUUUCCUUUUUUGAUGGUUUGAUUUGGGUUGGCUGGGUUGUUUGUUUUUAUUUUGCUUUCCUUUGGAAGAGUCUCUUCUUCUUUUCUUGAAGAGAUUGCAUUUUCUGAUAUCUUAUUUUCUCGAGGUUUGCUGAGAAGAAAAAGGGUAUUUAUUGGAUUUGGUGUUGUUCUUUGCCUAUCUAUCUACCUACCUCCCAGGUAUCCAAUUCUCAAUAUGCCCUCUUCAUUUCUAUCUCAUCUGUUGCGAAUUUACUAGCUUUCGGUCGAAAGAGAGAGAGAGAUUGAAGUAUCCCACUUACACUCAUACUUACGCGAUAUACGGAGCUACCUUUCCUCGCCAUCUCAGCUCUCAUACUGGCAGGCAUCCAUCUAGCUACCGAUCUAGAUAUCUAAUUGAAACUCCAUGCGAAAUAUUUCCGUAUUUGUAUAACACUGUACCUAUUCGCGAGGUACACAUAGUUUCAUUCAUCCGUUCAUCAUUUAUCUAUCCAUCCAUCCAUCUAUAAAAAAAAGGGUUCCGUCCUCUCCAACAACCCCCCGCAAAAAUGAGCGGCAGAGAAAAGAAACACGCGCCAAAACCCUCAUCUUCUCGAAUCGAUCUUGCGCAUUCGCUUGCGCAUCGCGCUGCAUCCCCUUCUAUCUCUGUCUCUGGAUCUGGAUCCGGGACUAGGACUACAAACACAAACCCACCAAGCGGAGAAUACGAUUCCCCCCCUUCUACUUCUACAACAUCUCAAUCGCAAUUGCAAUCGCAAUCUUCCUUGGCAGAAAUAACCGCACCACCACGCGUUCGACUCUCUCACCCCAAUCCGCAAUUGACCACACAUCCAGCCGCCGAUCCUCAAAGACGUAACACUCCCAGCCCAUCCACUCAUUUCCAUCCACAUUCAUAUUCUCGAUCGCGCUCACGCUCCAAAACACCCUCUCCCCACGGCCACGACUCCGAAAACGAAGACUAUCUCCCCUACACCUCCACCUCUGCCUCCGAAGAAGAAGAAGAAGAAGAAGAAGAAGAAGAACCUCUCCCCCCCGAAUCCCAAAUCCACAAUCUAACCACCACUCUCCUGCACACGCGCGAAACCCUCCAUCUUCUGCAAACCGCCCAUUCCACCCUCCACACCAAUUAUCUCGCCACUGAUUCCCAGCUGCGACUCCUCCGGUCCGCGCAUACGAAUUGUCCCAGUGCGGCAGAGGUACAGAGUCGUGUUGGAGCAUUGAUGUUGGAUCGGGAUGCGUUUCGCGAAGCGUAUAAUGAUGCGAUGGGAGAGAUGAGGGGGAAGGAUGAGGAGAUUAUGGCGUUGAGGGGACAGGUGAGGGGGUUGAAGGAGUGGGUGAGUAGUAGUGGGCGCGGUGGGGUGGGAGGGGAACAGGUCACGGAUGAGGUGGUUGCGGAGAAGAUGCAGUGGAUUGGGAAUGCGUUGCAGAAUUGGGUGAUAUCGAAUUUUAGGAGGGGAAGAAUUGAUUUAGAAAAAGCUUCAGAUGAAGUACGGCAACAGUUGGAGCAAUGGGUACCCAUGUAUCAGCAUCUAGCAACAUCAUCUAAAAUUAACUUCAUACAAUCACUUGUGUCUAGUAUAUUAGUGUUUGAAAUCUUCCAGGCAUAUUUUGUCGGUCUCCCAGAGCAACAAGCCAUGGAAAUCGCAAGAACGGAGAUAACUUUGGGUUCUUAUGGUCCCGAAGAUGCAAUGAACCAAUGGCGAUCCACAACGCUUGGGAUUCUGUUGAAAGAAGCUCCUGAAAAGCUUAAAUCAGAGACCACCGCUGUUGUCAAUACCGUUGUUGCGCAACUCAAUAGCUUGCUGGAUCCGAUAUUUGAUGUCCAAAGUACUGAAGCUAGAGAUCAGUCGCUGAGAACCAUAAUAAGUGCUGCUAUUGAUCUUUCACGAUUAUUGCGAGCUCAAAAGGCAGUCUUUAGCAUAAUGAUGCCCAUAAUUGAAGAACAUCAACAAACGAUGUUUGACGAGGAGAGAAUGGAAGAUAUUGGGGGAGAGGAUGAAGAUACUUUAAACGAGCGAGAAAUCGGCUGCGUAACGUUUCCUGGAAUCUUGAAAGCAGGGGAUGAAAAUGGAGAGCGAAACCAUUUGGUGAAUAUCGUUACGAAGAUGAAGGUGCUUUGCGCUCCUGAUUGAUAGCUGCUAAGGAAAAAGUAAUAUCUUUAUGACCGAUUGCACAUGAAAGAAUACCCACGGAAGAGGGUGGAGAACUAAUCUCUGCUACGCCGCUAUAUGACUCAUGUCUUCAUGCAACGGUUAUGGAGAGUCUUGAGUGAUAGGCUGGGCUAUAUCUUCAGAUAAUAAAUCCCACAGAUGUCUUGGAAGAGUUGUGACA